GAUGAUACAUACACCAAAAGUGUUGCAUCUGCUGGUGUGACAAGAUAUAUCUAUAAAUGCUUGGGGUGUCAUCAUCAUGUAUAACUGCAAAUAUAUACCAAAUUCUGCUCAGCCUCCUUGGCAAAUGCAAAUCAAUGCUUGAACUGAAGAAGCUUCAUGCUAUUGGGAUCUCUUUUAGUUUGUCUCAAGAAGACUCAUUUAUAUCCAAAAUCCUUUAUUUUUCUGCUGUGUCCAAUUCAGGAGACAUUGAUUAUUCCUACAUGGUUUUCUCCCAGCUUUACAGUCCAACAAUUUUUAGCUGGAAUAUAAUCAUAAGAGGCUAUUCAAAUAGCAAGAGUCCAAUUCAUUCCCUAUCCAUUUUUCUAAAAAUGCAGCAACUUGGGGUUGCACCAAACUACCUAACAUACCCCUUUCUUGUGAAGGCCUCAGCACGCCUUUCAAACCAGGAAAGUGGUGUUUCUCUGCAUGCCCAAAUUAUAAAAACUGGGCACGAGUCUGAUAUAUUUAUCCAAAACUCUUUGAUUCACAUGUAUGCCUCUUGUGGGAAUAUUAUUGGGGCCCACAAGGUAUUUGAUAGUAUGCAGGGAAAAAAUUUGGUAUCAUGGAAUUCCAUGUUAGAUGGCUAUGCUAAGUGUGGAGAUAUGGUUUUGGCUCAUAAAGUUUUUGAGUCUAUGCAAGAUAGGGAUGUUCGGUCAUGGAGUUCUUUGAUUGAUGGUUAUGUGAAGGCUGGGGAGUACAGGGAAGCUAUGGCCAUCUUUGAAAAGAUGCAGGUUGUUGGUCCCAAGUCCAAUGAAGUUACUAUGGUGAGUGUCUUGUCUGCUUGUGCACACCUAGGUGCUCUAGAAAAGGGAAGAAUGAUGCACAAGUACAUUGUUAACAAUGGUUUACCAAUGACAAUGGUCUUACAGACUUCUCUUGUGGACAUGUAUGCCAAAUGUGGGGCAAUAGAGGAUGCUUUGUUUGUAUUUCGUGGCGUCUCAAAGAGUCAAACUGAUGUGUUCAUUUGGAAUGCAAUCAUUGGUGGUCUUGCCACACAUGGGUUAGUGGAAGAAUCUCUUAAAUUGUUUAAGGAAAUGCAAAUGGUUGGUAUCCGAUCUGAUGAGAUAACAUACCUCUGCUUGUUGGCUGCGUGUGCCCAUGGAGGACUAGUUAAAGAAGCAUGGUACUUCUUUGAGAGCCUUGUUAAAUGUGGCAUGACACCUACAAGUGAGCACUAUGCUUGCAUGGUAGAUGUGCUGGCGCGUGCAGGUCAAUUAACUGCUGCAUAUCAAUUUAUUUGUCAAAUGCCGAUAGAACCAACCGCUCCCAUGUUAGGUGCUCUUCUUAGUGGGUGUAUUAAUCAUAGAAAUUUAGAUCUUGCAGAAAUAGUUGGCAAGAAGCUUAUUGAACUUGAUCCAAACAAUGAUGGGAGAUAUAUUGGCUUGUCAAAUGUUUACGCAGUUGUCAAUUGUUGGGAUGAUGCAAGAAGCAUGAGAGAAGCCAUGGAGAGAAGAGGGGUGAAAAAAUCACCUGGGUUUAGUUUUGUUGAAAUAUCUGGGAUUCUUCAUAGAUUUAUUGCUCAUGAUAAAACACAUCCUGAUUCGGAAGAAACUUAUUCUAUGCUAAAUUUUGUUGUCUAUCAAAUGAUACAUGGUGUUCGCCAAGACAAUCGGGGGGAGAAUUUUUUGUCUUUAGCAAAGCGUCUUCGUAAAAGUGAAGUCCAUGUAAAAUAUAGGUUACAUGAUAUUUAAUUAAUAAUGUCCUUGGCCUUUCGGACCAACAAACUCAAAAAAGUAUUGCUAGGAGAAUAACUAUGACUAGGAGACAUUGUUAGGUGCCAAUAUUGUUUUAAUCAUUACAUCUUAUUUUUCU